AUGGAAACAAUGGACGCGUCCGAGAAGAAUCUAACUCACCCAAAGGACACCGAUGUGUUAAAAAAGCGCAUACCCGAUAGCAAGGAUACCACUGGGACGCAAGAUGAAUCGAAGUACGUUGAAUUGAACGAUUUACUUGAUUUGGAUACAGACGGCACGAAAACUGUCAACGUUUCUGUCACCAGUGAAGGAAGCCAAAUGGCGAUUGACGCGGGCAACUGGGAGUCGAGCGCAGAAGAAGAAACUGCUAGAUACGGAGACAUGGCGAGUAAGAUGACUGAUCAUAUCAACAGUGACACAUUUAAUGAGGAUAUUGUCGCAAAGAAGUGUGCCAAGGGCUAUCUAUCCGGGUUUCUUAGAACUGCCUGCUGCUCCAAGGUUACUAUUCUGAAUGAAAACAUUAUGGCCAGCACCGAAUCACAACGAGACGUUGGUAAUGGAGCGCACACCCGAGAUUUUACCCCAAAAGAGGAGGCAGAAAAUACACCUGUUGAUGAACAAAAUGACAAUGAAGAUUUACAAUCCACUGACAUGUUAAGCGAGCAAAGUGAAUCGGGUGAUGACGUGAGCUUGGUGCUGUCCGGUGAUUGUGAUGAUUGCGCGCCUUGCAGCAAGAAGGAUGAGUCUCAUUACAUAACCUCGCACGAGAUCCAGCUAUCCGAGCUUUCAGAUCACGAUGUCGACUGUGAUAUCGAGCAGGGUUGGGAUGAUAACCAGGUCUACUCUUUUGUCGAUUAUGCUGCUUUUGACGGUGAUGGAACGACGGCAGGGAGAGAGGAGAGGGUGAAAAGCAAUCAGGGUCUGGCUAAUAGAGGACCAGCAGUCAGCACUAAGAUGGAAAGUGAUCUCGGUGACGGUGACAAGUGCGCCAUCUUAGAGAAUGGUCUGUCGAAGAACCAAAAGAAUGUUGCAGGGCAGAUCCACCUGUCAAUCAAAACGACUUCCCAAAUUAUAAAUAAGCCUAGCAACGUCCAAGAAAAUCAAAAUAAUCUUUAUUGUGAAUUUACGGGGGAAUUUGGACAGGGGCACAGUGGGAUUAUUACGAUCACAGAAACAUUAAAUGUUUGUUGUAAUGUCACAUCCGGGAUGUCUGGGAGUGAAAGGCGCUCAAAAUGUGCAAAAAACGCAACAGGAUCACGUUCCACAGAUGAAGUUACCAACACAUUGCCAAGCGGCCAGGGGAGUGAGAACAGGAAGCAACCAUGUAAUGCAGGGGAAACCAUGGAAGACACACACAAGAAAGCAACAUUAGCCUCGAGCCUUCUUAAAAAUGUAAUUUCUAAGAAAAUGCAGUUUGAGCAGGAGCGUAAAAUGGAGAGGGGGGAGAUAAGCGAGCCCUAUCACGCGCCAUCUCCCUUUCUCAAACAAGAGCCCGAAAUUACGCACAGGGAGAGGGAUAGGACGACACAAAAGGAGUCUAAGGAUUUUCAAAGGCAGAACUCGAAAUCCUCAGAGGCGAGUUCUGACCUAACUAUUGUUUGUGUGGAUGAAUUAUGGGAUUUAGUGGACACCAGCUCAUGCGAUGCCAAAGACGACUGUCGGAGACAAGACAGUUUCAUUAUUGCAUCAGAAACUAAUUUAGAGUCGACAAAUGAAGUAGGAGUCGAUACUAAAAUAGGAGCAUUCGAAGCGUCCAAAAGCACGCUGCUUCGAAGUCAAAAUAGCGCAUCCUGGAGGGACGGUGAGCUAGAGUUUCAAAAGGAACAUAAAAACGAUAAAACUCCAGAGGAGAAAGCGUCUUCGUCCACCGACAACCAGGGGGAAACGUACUUGUACACCGAUCCAGGCAACAGUAAACUUACCAAAAUGACACAUUUGCUUGUGCCAAAUAUCCAACUACUACUAUCCAAUGAGAUAGAAGUUUCAAAACCCCUGCCGACUAUGAAUUAUUUAACACGCGCGCCCGUGGAUCAAGGAGAGGAAGGUGUGAAGUUGCGCACCAACAACGUCGCGGAUCAUAGAAGUAUUGUAACAUCUACAUCGCCGGAAAUGAAAAUCAGUUUACGGAGUGUAAAAGAAAACAAAGGCGACCCUUUCAACGUUGCAAAGCUGGUGCCUCCCAAUAUAGGCUGUAACUCAGUCAAACUGGUAAAGCCAGGAGACGAGUCCAGGUGCCAAGCUCUCGCUACGGCAUUGAAGGGUGAGUCUUCCGAAAAAGUACCACACUUCAUAGUCAGAGACAUACGAGCACAGGGUAAGCUGCAAACACCUAUACACAAAGUUAGAGAUGUGCGUAAAUUGUUUAAAAGUUCUUAUCACUUUGUGUCUUUGGAUAAUAACGUUACCGCCGGCGACUUUCACUCAGAUCAGAAACUUUCCAAAAAGGGAUCUUAUAGAGACCCUUCGUCGCUUCCCCCCAUCAAAAUAAAGUAUCAGUCUGUGAAUACCAAUAGCAAUGUGAAUGGGAAGCAAUCUGUAAAUCAAACAGAGAAUUCUACAUUUAAGCUCAACGAGGAUUCAUUUGAAGUUUUCAGGUCAUCACCCCAGCAAGAGGCGGCCAAAAGCGGCACCCGACGAUCGUCAGGGAGAGUGCCAUUAGGCAAUACAAAACAACUGAAAGGUGAUUCGUCCGAAUGCCCCAUUGGACUUCUAAUUGAAACCAGCCCAGCUUCUAUAAGACAUGAGAAAACACUGGACAUCGGUGACAAGACAAAACCUGAGUCUAAAUUGUCCAACCUGGCUGCAUUCGAGAAAUUACAGGAUGCAGUCAAAACCAUGGAGCAGUUGUAUGUUUUUGAUAGAAAUGAGUGGAAGAGAAAAUCCAAGCCACCCUCUAUAUUAUCAGACAGUCAUGCUCUCUCUCUCAUAUCCAGCAAGGAGGAUGGGUCAGAGAAGGAGGGAGUGAAUGUGGCCAAUGAGGGGGCAAGGGAGAGGUUGAGAGAGAGGGAAAGGGCCAACAGUAUGGAGGCAGACAGGCCCGUCCAGUUCGGCAGAGACUCUGCCGAGCCCGAAAACUGCCUCACUAUCCCCGUCAAGUCUCACGACACCAGCGCCAAGCAAGCUGCCGUGUCUGCCGGCGGUGGCUAUGAGAAUACAGCCAUUUAUACCUUCGCCACCACGGGCGUCAAGACCCAGACCCAGACGGCCAGCCCACCUGGUCAUGGUGGCGCCCGGAAGCAGGAAGAGACCCGACAGUCUCCACAGAAACGCUCCACCAUCGUCAUGGAUACGAGAGCCCAGGACACGUUAACCGCCAUGAUCUACCACAUGCCCAUGGCUCAAAGCAUGGCGUCUGCCCAACUUCAGAUGCACUGCUUCUCCCCGGCCAUGGCCCCACAUGCCGUGCCCCACACUCAGAGAAAGAUGCUCUUUGACCCCGGCACAGGGAACUACUACUUGGUGGACACCCCUGUCCAGCCGGCCUACUGCCGCCUCUUCGACCCUGAGACGGGACAGUACGUGGAAGUGUCCAUCUCCCAGCAGCCCAUGUCCCCCAUGCCCCAAAUGCCGCCCGUGCCCAUUUCCAUGCCCAUCUCGCCCUUAGCCCUGAGCCCCAGAUCCUACGGCCCCACCUACACGAUCUACUCAGGGUUCAUGCCCGCCAUUCCCGGCAUUCCCCCCCUGAUCCCCACAAGGAUGCAGUCGCAGCUCUCCAUGCCGUCAGAGCAGGAUGACUCCGGGGACAAAGGCGGUUCCUCCCAGCAAGACUACAUGGGGAGUCCCUACUACAUGGCCAUGGGGUCUGGAAAGUCUCCCCAGGCUGGAGGCUCCAGUAUGGGUCAGGUCCAGCAGCAGGGACAGCCAGGGGUCCAGGGGUUCUCCAAUGGGAAGCAGCCGGUGAUCAGCAUCACCUCCCAGCAGGGGCCCUGCAUCAUCGCCCCGCCUUCCUUCGAUGGGACCACCAUGAGCUUUGUGGUGGAGCGUAGGUAA